ACAGCGACUCCAAAACGAAACCAAAAACGUUGGAAGCAUGCGAGAGAGCCGAAAGAAUAUCAAAAUCGACUCACCGCCCUCGUGUAUGUCGUCACAAAUCGCCGUCUCCAUCUCCCUAACAACUACGAUUCCACCACCUAAUCUGCUCUAAUCAACUUCAACGCCUACUCCUCUCCCAAUCCCGGCCCUCACGCGACCGGUAGGCGGGCAAACAAUCGGUAUUCCUUUUUUUUUUGUUUGUUUAUGCGCUAAUCGAUUGGACUCUCCGGUUGCGGAGUCUUGCUCUAGCUAACCUUGCAAUCCCAACCCUCACGCGACCGGUAGGCGGGCAAAGCACUGGCUCGCUCCCGGCUCAGAACCGAUCCUCUAGGUGAAGACCACCGAGUAUUUUUGGUGGAAUGGAAGAACAGAAAGCUACUGCCUUUCGGUGGCUGCCUGUUCCAAAAGGACUCCAGUAUCAGUUGGGGGUUGUGCAUUAUGAUGCUCUAUGAACCAUACUCUGGAACAGAAGAAGGUUGUGCGUGUACUGGCUACCAAAGGGGCAUAAUUUGAAUACAACAAAGAAGUGGGACCGAGAGAAGAGAGGGUGAUGGAGUUGGCGCAGCAAUUACUCGCAGUUCUCACGAGCUACGCGCUGCCUCUUUGGGCUACAAUCAUCGCUGGGAUUUUCGUCGUCAUCUCACUCUCGCUGUCCCUGUUCUUGCUGUUCAAUCAUCUGUCAGCAUACAAAAAUCCAGAGGAGCAGAAGUUUCUUGUUGGCGUCAUUCUCAUGGUGCCGUGCUAUGCAGUCGAGUCGUACAUAUCAUUGGUAAAUCCAUCAAUAAUUGUUGACAUCGAGAUUCUGCGAGAUGGCUAUGAAGCCUUUGCUAUGUACUGCUUUGGGCGGUAUCUAGUUGCUUGCUUAGGUGGGGAAGAUAGGACAAUUGAGUUUCUGAAGAAGGAGGGUGGUUCAGGUUCUGAAGUACCACUUUUAGGCCAAGCAUCUGAACAAAGAUAUGUGAACCAUCCUUUUCCAAUGAAUUACCUGCUGAAACCAUGGCCUCUAGGAGAAUGGUUCUACUUGAUCAUCAAGUUUGGGCUUGUUCAAUAUAUGAUAAUAAAAACAAUAUGUGCUAUUCUUGCUGUGAUUCUUGAAUCCUUUGGAGUGUACUGUGAAGGAGAGUUUAAGUGGAACUGUGGGUACUCUUACACGGCUGUGGUUCUCAAUUUCAGUCAGUCUUGGGCCUUAUACUGUCUCGUUCAGUUUUAUGCUGCCAUAAAGGAUGAGUUGGCCCAUAUAAAGCCUCUUGCAAAGUUUCUGACAUUCAAGUCUAUUGUCUUCUUAACAUGGUGGCAAGGUAUAGCAAUCGCACUGCUCUACAAUUGGGGUUUGUUGAGAGGCCCCAUAGCUCAGGAGUUGCAGUUCAAGUCCAGUAUUCAGGACUUCAUUAUCUGCAUAGAGAUGGGUGUUGCUUCUGUUGUCCACCUGUAUGUCUUCCCUGCAAAGCCAUAUGAGCUAAUGGGUGAUCGUUUCACCGGAGGGGUUGCAGUUCUUGGAGACUAUGCUUCAGUUGACUGCCCUCUAGAUCCAGAUGAAGUUAAGGAUAGUGAGCGCCCAACCAAGUUUAGGCUUCCCCAGCCAGAUGAUCAUGCCAGGUGUUCCACUGCCAUAAAAGAAAGUGUUCGUGAUGUUGUACUUGGGGGCGGUGAAUAUAUUGUGAAUGACUUGAAGUUCACUGUCAACCAUGCGGUGGAACCAAUCAAUGAAAAGCUGCACAUGAUAUCCCAGAACAUAAAAAACCAUGAGAAGGAAAAGAAGAAAACAAAUGAUGAUAGCUGCAUUAAGUCACCACCAUCCUUGAACAGGGUAAUCAGCGGGAUUGAUGACCCGCUCCUGAAUGGGAGCUUGAGUGACAACAGUGGUCCCAAGAAAGCACGAAGGCAUCGCAGGAAAUCAGGGUAUGCAAGCGUAGAGAGUGGAGAGAGCAGUGAUCACGGCUUGGGUGGGUAUGAGAUCCGAGGGCACAGAUGGAUUACCAGGGAGUAACAACAAAUGCUUAAUCAGUAACAAGAAAUUCUUGAAAGUUGGUUGCUGGCUCUUUCUUGGCUAGCAAUACACGGUAAAUCAUACGAACCAAGGGGGCGGCGAAUCUCAAGUGGGUUCAGAUGUAAGAUUGCAUGAUUCUGCAGUGCAGAAAAUUGAGCCAGGAAUCUGAUUUUGUAGAUUCUUUGAGCUGACAAUUUCAGCUGCUGAGGUGUUGAUCUUGUAUUUUAUAUGACAGGCUUACAGCAAGCGCUGAAAGCAUUGUGCCUGUACAUCUUGUUGUCUCAUGGAGCAUAGCUAGUUGACACUGCAUCACUUCACUUGUAAAAAGUACAGACUAGGCCCAUCUAUAAAAGAAUAGAAUAGAUGUUUUCUAA